AUGCCCUCCCCCAGCGAGUCCAGCCGCUCGCUGACCGGCCGCACGUCCCGCAGCAUCACCCACCUCCCGGUCCAGCGGACCUGGCUGCAGAUCCUGCUGGUGCUGGGCUUCAUCCAAAUCAUUCUGGGCGUCCUGAUUGUCACCUUCAGCCUGGUAGCAGCCACCAUCACGCCCUCCACCAAGAUUCGGCACUCCUGCCCAUCCUGGGCCGGAUUCUCGCUGGCGCUGUCUGGAAUUGUCGGCAUCGUCUCCUGGAAGCGGCCACUCACCCUGGUGGUAAGCUUCUUCACGCUGCUGUCGGUGCUGGGCAUCAUGCUGAGCCUCGCUGGGUCCAUCCUGUCCUGCCAGAACGCACAGCUCGUGAAAUCUUUGGAAGCCUGCGAGAGGGAGGGGGACUUGUGUGUCUGCUGCCGGGCCCACUCAGAGCUUCUGUCCACCUGCAGCCCGCAGAGCGAGAUGCUGACCAUGUUUCCCAACCCUGACUGCCCGAGCAUCCGUGUGUCUCUCAAGGAUGUCCUCUUCAGUGUCUGUGGCUUGACGGUCUUCUCCACCAUCAUCUGCACACUCUCUGCUGUUGUGUGCUGCAUUCAGAUCUUCUCCCUCGACAUGGUCCACGUGCUGGUUCCCCAGCGCUCAAGCUCUGUGACACUGGAAUGCACAUCCCCCCCCGAGACCUUUCUGCAGAGCAUGAUGGACUUUGAGGAGUUUGUGCCCCCAGUGCCGCCACCCCCCUACUACCCACCCGAGUACACCUGCAGCUCUGAGACCGACGCGCAGAGUAUCACCUACAACGGCUCCAUGGACAGCCCUGUGCCCCUCUACCCGACCGACUUCCCCCCCUCCUAUGAGACUGUGAUGGGGCUGCGGGGGGACAGCCAGGCCACCCUGUUCGACUCACAGCUGACAGAUGGCUUGCACGCCUGCACCUGUGACCGUGUCCCCUCCAUUGUGCUCAGUGGAGAAGUGUCCAUGGACAGCGGGUCCCUAAUCAUGUCGGAGAUCAUGGACAUUCCUGGGGACAGCAGCCCCUCAGAGGACUCAUGCCUACUGGAGCUGCAGGGCUCCAUGCGCUCCAUGGACUACGUCCUCUUCCGCUCCAUCCAGCGGAGCCGCGCAGAUUACUGCCUGAGCGUGGACUGUGUGCAGUGCAGCCACCACGCGCGCAGCCCCACGCUGGGCUUGCAGGGGCCCUUCGAGGAGACGCCCCAGCCCCGGGUGCGGGGAGAACGCUCCUACUCCUGCUCCACAGCAGAGCCUGGCCACGAUGGCAUCUUGGUGGGGGGAGCCGUGACCCACAGCUGCAACCGCCUGGAGGGGCUGGCCCACUUCAGGGAAGUACUUUAUACCAAAGCACUGGAGGACACCAUGUCCAACUCCUCUGCGGAUACAGGGCUGUGCUCGGAGGCCUGCCUGCUCCGCCAUUCACACUGUGACCCCCCGCCACUGCUCCGGGCCAGCUCAGCAGGGAAGAACAAGCCACUGCCCUCCAAGAAGUUGAUGCAGCAGCUGUCAAAGACAACAACCCGCUCCCUGGGGGACCUCAAAGUGUGCCGGGGCACCCGUGGGCUGAUGGCCAGGUUCCUCCAGAGACCCAAGCGCAGCCCAGCAACCAGCAUGGAGAUGCCUGGACACAGCUUCCAGGGGAACAAGCAGGUUCCCUGGAGUGCCCGGCCGGGUGCGGAGCGGCCGCACGAAGGGAUCCACCUGCAGAGCUGCGGGGACCUGAGCUCCACCUCAUCCCUGCGCCGGCUCCUGUCCGCCCGCCGCCUGGAGCGCAGCCAUCUCAUCUUGACUGUGGACACGACACAGCGGUACCAGCAUGUGAAGGGCUUCGGUGGCUCUGUCACCGAUGCAGCUGCCAUUAACAUCCUUUCCCUGCCAGCAGCAGCCCAGGACCACCUGCUCCACUCGUACUUCUCUGAGGAAGGGCUGGAGUACAACCUUGUCCGGAUCCCCAUGGCCAGCUGUGACUUCUCCCUUGACGCCUACACCUACGAUGAUGUUCCCUUUGACUAUGAACUCACCCACUUCAGCCUGCGAGAUGAGGACACAAAGCUGAAGAUCCCCAUCCUGCACCGAGCCUUGGCCAUGAGCAAGCAGCAACUGUCACUGUAUGCGAGCCCCUGGACAUCUCCAACAUGGAUGAAGACCAGCGAGUCCUUUGUGGGGAAGGGGACACUGAAGGGGCAGGCGGGGGACAAGUAUCACAAGACCUGGGCCAACUACUUUGUACGGUUCCUGGAUGAAUAUGCCAAGCACAACCUGACCUUCUGGGCAGUGACAGCAGAGAACGAGCCCACAGCUGGGCUGAUCAACAACUACCCCUUCCAGUGUCUGGGCUUCACAGCUGAGCAGCAGCGGGACUUCAUCGCGCAGGACCUGGGCCCCGCCUUGGCCAACAGCUCCCACCACAAUGUCCAGCUCAUCAUCCUGGAUGACAACCGGCUCCACCUCCCACACUGGGCCAAAGUGGUUCUGGAGGAUGUGAAAGCAGCUCGUUAUAUCCAUGGCAUUGGCAUCCACUGGUACCUGGACUUCAUCGGUCCCAUACAGGACACAGUGGUGCCCACUCAUGAGCUCUUCCCUGACUACUUCAUCCUGGCCACAGAGGCGUGUAUCGGUGCCCACUUUUGGGAGCGGGAUGUUAUCCUGGGCUGCUGGGAGCGGGGGAACCAGUACAGCCACAGCAUCCUGAUGAACCUGAACCACUUUGUGGCCGGUUGGACUGACUGGAACCUGGCCCUAGACCUGGAGGGAGGCCCCAACUGGGUCAAGAACUAUGUGGACAGCCCCAUCAUUGUGGAUGCCAGUGAAGGCAUUUUCUACAAGCAGCCCAUGUUCUACCACAUGGGGCACUUCAGCAAGUUCAUCCCUGAGGGCUCCCAGCGUGUUGGUCUUGUUGCCUCCAGAGAGUCCAAGAAGACGGAUCUGGAGUACACGGCUUUCCUGCGCCCCGACAGCGCUGUGGUGGUGGUGGUUCUGAACCGGUCCCUGCAAAACAUCACCUUUGGGUUGGCUGAUACUGUUGGCCUGAUUGCGGCCAUGGCUCCGGCCAACUCCAUCCAGACCUACCUGUGGCAGCGGCAGUGA